AUGCACACGCCGGCCGCCGCGGGUCCCGGCGAGGCGCGCGCGGUGGACAUCGUGGACAUAUGCGAGUCCAUCCUGGAGCGGAAGCGGGCUGCCUGCGGCCUCUUGGAGCUGAAUGACAUCGAAGCCGUCGAGGCUCUUGUUUGCAUGAGCUCCUGGGGUCAGAGGUCCCAGACCGGCGACCUCUGGAAGAUCCGACCCCUCACACCCGUGUCUGACUCUGGGGAUGUCGCCACCACCCCCCUGCUGGCGGACGAGGCCGUGCCGGAGCAGCCGAAGGACUUCCCCGCCCUGUCCACGCUGUGCAUGACUCCGCCUCAGAGCCCGGACCUCACCGAGCCGCUGACGAGACCACUGGUUCCUUCCCACCCUCCUGCUGCCAGAGCCGCCAGCGCCCCGAGCCGGAGGGCCCAGAGGAGCCUGCUGGGUUCGAAGCCAGAGCUGCUGGAGCCGGCGCCUGGCGCCCCCUGCAGGGCUGUGGUGGCCAGUGCCACCCCCCACGCCCUGGGGGGUCCCGCUCCCGGCCACGUGGCUGCCACCCCGCCUCCAGACGGCAGGGGACACGUGGGAGCUCUGCGGGACGCACACCUCGGAGAACCUUCUCUCACCUUGAACUUGGGGCCCUGCCCGCCUCGCUCCGAGAAGUCUGGGGACCCGGGCCCCCCCGACCAAGGCCAGCAGGCGGGGCGGCCGGCUGCAGUCCCACCCCGCUCACCGAAGAACCAUGAAGGGGACCUGCCUCUGCCCUCCGUCCCCGCCCCCAGCCCUCCCGUCCUUUGCCACAUGAUGCCCCUGACCGGACAGAGUGCCGUGCUGCCGGCGUUUCUGAAGGCCCCUCCCCCGGCGCCCCCCGGGCCCCCGCCCGUGCUCAUGGGCCCGGCUGUGCCUCAGGGAGCCGUGAUGCUGGUGCUGCCCCCGGGGGCGCUGCCCCCGCCCGCCUCCGGCGCCCCCGCGGGUGUCGUGGCUGCGGGCGGUGCCAGGCUGCUGCCUCUCGCCCCGGCCCCCGUGUUCAUCGCCGCCGGUCCCGGCGGCGCCCCUCCGGCGGACUUCUCUCGGAGGAGGAACUACGUGUGCGGUGUCCCCGGCUGCCGCAAGACCUACUUCAAAAGCUCCCACCUCAAGGCGCACCUGCGCACCCACACAGGGGAGAAGCCGUUCGGCUGCAGCUGGGACGGCUGCGACAAGAAGUUCGCGCGCUCGGACGAGCUGUCCCGCCACCGCCGCACGCACACCGGCGAGAAGAAGUUCGCCUGCCCCGUGUGCGACCGGCGCUUCAUGCGUAGCGACCACCUGACCAAGCACGCCCGGCGGCACGUGGCCACCAAGAAGCCGCCCGGCUGGCCGGCGGAGGCCGGCAGACUGAGCAGGAUCGCCUCGGCCGAGACGCCCAGGAGCCCGCUGGCGAGCAGGCCGGCCUCCGCCUGA